CCACGUCCCCUCCGCUGGAUAGCCCCUUCUGUGGAUUUUUCAAUGAGAACCCCGAAUGUCAAGAUAAAGGUAUCUCAUCGUUGGUUAUAGCAGGAAUCACAGGCCUUUCUGUCGUUCUAGUCGGGACUCUCAUAAUCUUCCUUGUCUACAGGAAGAUAAAGCUGGACACUGAGAUUCUUAGGAUGUCAUGGAAAAUAUCCUGGUCUGAUUUGAUUUUUCCGGAGCAAACCAAGUCGGGAAAUUCAAGAUUUUCAGGCUCAUUUGUUAGCGCACUGAGUGAGAGAGGGAACAUUGUGAAUAAUCCCAAACAGGUGUUUGCUACUAUUGCACACUACAAGGGCCGAUUAGUGAUGGUUAAACGAAUAGAGAAAACGAAGGUUGAUCUAACACGAGCCGAACUGAAGGACUUCAAUAACAUGCGGCAAGUCGAACAUAACAACCUAGCCCGGUUUGUAGGAGCCUGUGUGGAUAUCCCAAACGUCUGUGUUGUCAUAGAAUACUGCCCUAAAGGGAGUUUACAGGAUAUCUUAGGAAACGACAGUUUGAAGUUGGAUGCCAUGUUCAAGGAUUCAUUGAUUGUGGAUAUCAUUCGGGGACUUCAUUACCUCCACAACAGUGUUAUUGGAGUACAUGGGCGACUGACGUCAUCAAAUUGUGUGGUGGAUAGCCGGUUUGUCCUCAAGCUAACAGACUUUGGUCUUCCAAGAUUCCGCAAAUCGGACAUCGUUUCGCAUGAAGAUGAUGCGAUGAUAAAGAAACAAAAAUUGUUAUGGAAAGCACCAGAGGGGCUCCUCAAUCCGUCUGUUGAACCGACGCAGGAGGGUGAUAUAUACAGUGUUGGGAUCAUUCUGCAGGAGAUAGUUACUAGAAACCCGCCAUACGAAGAGGUUCGUCAGACGAUGGAUAUCGAUGAUAUUCUGAUGAAGAUCAAAGAAAAAAGUGAUCCUCCUUUCAGACCCAAGGUGGCGCCAAGCUCAUGCCGUCCAGAGAUACAUGCAGUGAUGACGUCAUGUUGGGAACAACAGCCUGAGAUGAGACCAUCCACUGCAUGGCUUCUAUCAACUAUGAAGAAACUGAACAAAAAUUUUUCUGGAGGUAGUAUAUUGGACAACCUGUUGAAUCGUAUGGAGCAGUAUGCCACUAACCUUGAAGCUCUUGUGGAGGAAAGGACAGCAGCAUUCCUAGAAGAAAAGAAAAGAUCCGAAACACUCCUCUAUGAGGUUUUACCUAGAUCUGUAGCAGAGCAACUAAAGCGAGGGGAGGCGGUCAAUCCUACAUCUUAUGAUAGUGUGACAAUCUACUUCAGUGAUAUAGUGGGUUUCACAACACUCUCAGCGGAUAGUACCCCGAUGCAGGUGGUAGCCCUUCUCAACGAUUUGUAUACAUGUUUUGAUGGAAUCAUUGGGCAUUACGAUGUUUACAAGGUAGAAACUAUAGGCGAUGCAUACAUGGUUGUCUCUGGUCUACCAAUAAGUAAUGGUAAGCUUCACGCCAGGGAGAUAGCUGCCAUGUCACUAGCUCUUAUUAGAGAGGUUUCAACAUUCAGAAUUUGCCAUAGACCAGAAGAAAAGCUCAAACUAAGAGUAGGCAUUCACUCAGGGCCUUGUGUUGCGGGUGUUGUAGGGUUGAAGAUGCCUCGGUACUGCCUAUUUGGAGAUACCGUCAACACUGCUUCGCGAAUGGAAUCUACAGGAGAAGCAAUGAAGAUCCACGUCAGCGAAGAAACCAAGCAAAUUCUGGACGAGUUCAAGUGUUUUCAGACUACUCUCAGGGGAAAGGUCGAACUCAAGGGUAAAGGAUCGUAUCUCACCUACUGGCUUCUUUCUAUGGAUGCAUAACAAUACAUAGCUCACCUAGCCUUCAACUACAUGGCCUUCUGUAAUGAAAAAAAGAUUGAUGGUCACUAAUUUGUCACAUGCAGACGUUUCAAUCAUCAUUGGGACAUUACAUUGACACAAUCAGGACAACUUCAUACCUAUUCCCAUAUCGACGCUCAUACAUGAGGCAUUCACUUGAAUGGAUGAAUGGCAAAUACAGGAGAGCUACAGCUGUCCAUAUCCUGUAAACAUAAAAUGGAACAGACGGGUACUUUGCUGUCCAUUCUUCAUAAAAACGAACAAGUUCUUCUUGACCGAUGGACAUCGCAAAGAGGGUUGUGUCCACUGUGCUAGAUCAUACUGAGACCACCCGCCUGCCCAGAUGAACGCAAAUAAAAUUACAUAAGAAAAUAUGACAGUGACAGCAAAGUGUGUGCAUCUCGAUGUUACCAUAGUGUUUUACAUAUACAAUAUGACGUCACUCAUCCCAGUGUUACCACAGUGUGUAUCGUAGUGCUGGCACACAGUGCAUUGCAUUAAUUAUUCAAUUAGUGUUAAUACAUAC